UCGCCGCCGCCAUGGAGCCGGCCGAGGCGGAGUUCUUGGCCGAGAAGGAGCUGGUGACGAUCGUGCCCAACUUCAGCCUCGACCGGAUUCACCUCAUCGGGGGAGAUCUGGGUCCUUUCAAUCCUGGCUUGCCAGUGGAGGUGCCUGUCUGGUUGGCCAUUAAUCUGAAGCAGAGGCAGAAGUGUCGGCUGAUUCCUCCAGAAUGGAUGGAUGUUGAAAAACUGGAGGAAAUCCGGGACCAGGAACGUAAAGAGGACACCUUCACUCCGAUGCCCAGUCCCUAUUAUAUGGAACUCACAAAGCUGCUGUUAAACUACGCCUCAGACAACAUCCCCAAAGCCGAUGAGAUUCGAACACUGGUGAAGGAUACCUGGGACACCCGGAUAGCCAAGCUGCGGCUGUCUGCGGACAGCUUUGUCAGGCAGCAGGAGGCUCACGCCAAGCUGGAUAACUUAACCUUGAUGGAGAUCAACACGAUCGGGACUUUCCUUACUCAAGCCUUAGAUCACAUGUACAAGCUCCGGACUAACCUUCAGCCUGGCGAGAGUGCCCACUCUCAGGAUUUCUGAGGUACUAGCCAGGCCAACCUUCAAACCUCCCAGGAGAGGGCACUGGAAGAGAGAGCAGGCUCCGCUCCUCACCCUUGGACCUUCAUCUGGCCAGCCUCCACCUCCCUGCACAGU